AUGCUUCCUACGCCAGACACGUCGCACGUCGACUACGACCAAAUCUACGAACCCGCCGAAGACUCAUAUCUCCUCCUUGACACGCUAUCCUCGCCCUCAGAAACCGCUUUCCUGCAUUCGCACUUUCGCUCCAACCAUGCCCCGCUCGUAGUCGAGGUCGGCACUGGCAGUGGUGUCGUGCUCGCUUUCCUCGCUGCCAACAGCUCUACCAUCUUCAAUCGCUCCAUCUGCACUCUAGGCACCGACCUCAAUCGCCGAGCUUGUAUCGCUGCAUCAAAGACUGUGCAAAAGGCCUGCGACAACAAAGCUGCGCCUUUCUUGACUGUCGCCAAUGCUGAUCUGACCUCAGCACUUAAAGACGGAGAGGUUGAUGUGUUGGUGUUCAACCCACCAUAUGUCCCUGCCGAACUGCCGGACCUCAGUUUGCAUGCAAAAUACAAUACUGCGGAUGUUUUGUCUUCGUCUGAGGCAUUCGAUCGCGACUCACAUCUUCUGGCAUUGAGCUAUGCUGGUGGUGUCGAUGGCAUGGAAGUCACAGAGCGUUUGCUGGAUGAUAUACCACGUGUCUUGAGUCCAAGAGGUGUUGCAUAUGUCUUGUUUUGUGCUCAGAACAAACCUGAAGAGAUCAAGAGUAGGAUCAGACAAUGGCCUGGUGGCUGGGAAGCUGAGACUGUGGGCAGUUCAGGCAAGAAAGCUGGUUGGGAGAAGUUGUGCAUCGUCAGAAUCACGAGGACGACAGCAAACUGA